AUGGGUAAUCAACAAUCGAGUGCUGGAGGCGGCGGCCCUCCUGGUGAUGACAAGAGCAAAAAGGACAAGAAGGACAAGCCAAAGUACGAGCCCCCGCCACAGCCUACGACGCGCAUCGGCAGGAAGAAAAAGAAGGCUGCAGGUCCCAGCGCCGCUGCAAAGCUCCCGACCGUGUACCCGACCGCACGAUGCAAGCUACGGUACCUCCGAAUGCAGCGCAUUCACGACCAUCUGCUCUUGGAGGAGGAAUAUGUCGAGAACCAGGAACGUCUGCGCAAGGCAAAGGCCGUAAAGGAAGGAAACGCGCCUGCCACAUCCACGGCCGGGGAAGGCCCCGAGGACCGCAAUGCCGACGAGCGCUCGCGGGUCGACGACAUGCGAGGCAGCCCCAUGGGCGUCGGCAACCUGGAGGAGCUCAUCGACGACGACCAUGCCAUCGUUUCCAGCGCCACUGGGCCCGAGUACUAUGUGUCCAUCAUGUCUUUCGUCGACAAGGACCUGUUAGAGCCCGGAGCGAGCAUCCUUCUGCAUCACAAGUCCGUAUCAGUCGUUGGUGUGCUCACAGACGAUGCGGAUCCGUUAGUGUCUGUCAUGAAGCUAGACAAGGCACCCACGGAGUCGUAUGCUGAUAUCGGUGGUCUGGAAACGCAGAUCCAAGAAGUACGAGAGGCAGUCGAGCUCCCUCUCCUGCAUCCGGAGCUGUACGAGGAGAUGGGUAUCAAGCCACCCAAGGGUGUCAUUCUCUAUGGUGCACCCGGAACCGGAAAGACGCUAUUGGCUAAGGCUGUGGCAAAUCAGACCAGUGCAACUUUCCUCCGUAUCGUGGGUAGUGAGUUGAUUCAAAAGUAUCUCGGAGACGGCCCAAGGCUAGUGCGACAGCUUUUCCAGACUGCUGCUGAGAAUGCGCCUUCGAUUGUCUUCAUUGACGAAAUCGAUGCCAUUGGAACCAAGCGUUACGAGUCUACGUCUGGCGGUGAGCGCGAAAUUCAACGAACCAUGUUGGAGCUUCUCAACCAGCUCGAUGGUUUCGACGAUCGGGGUGAUGUCAAGGUCAUCAUGGCUACCAACAAGAUUGAGACGCUCGACCCGGCACUCAUCCGUCCUGGUCGUAUUGAUCGAAAGAUUCUCUUUGAGAACCCCGACCAAACGACCAAGAAGAAGAUCUUCACCCUCCACACCUCGAAGAUGUCCCUCAACGAGGAUGUCGAUCUUGACGAGUUCAUUAACCAGAAGGACGACCUCUCCGGUGCCGAUGUAAAAGCCAUCUGUUCCGAGGCUGGUCUCAUGGCUCUCCGUGAACGCCGUAUGCGUGUCAACAUGGAGGACUUCCGAACUGCAAGAGAACGUGUUCUGAAGACGAAGACUGAGGGUGAGCCAGAGGGUUUGUACUUGUAGAAGUCUGGAUAGUACGGUAGCUCAGCAUCAGCUU